AUGGAUGCAUCUGCUGCAGACAUUAACAAUGAAAUGCCUACACAGAGUAGCUAUUUCAAUCCAAAUAAUAUAGCUGAUGCUAGUCAACCUGAGUCUAUUGUUACUGAAGAACCCGUUAAUACUUCUGGACCUACAGGCUAUAUUAGCAAUGAGGAAGAGGAUGGUGAAGAUGAUAGUGCAAACAUAAAUGAAAAUGAUGGAAGUCAAGAAUCUAGUGAUGAGGAAACUGAUCCUGAACAGUCUCCUAAACAGUCUGCACCUAGAGAGAGGGUCAGAUAUGAUGAAGGUGAUAGGCAAAGCCAUUUCAUGCUUGGAAUGACCUUUGCUAAUGCUAAUGAGGCUAGACAAGCAAUAGCAAACUAUGGAGUAGCUCUAAGUGUUAAGCUAAAAAUCAAUCCAAAUGAACCAUUUAGACUUAGGGUUAAAUGUAUAAAUGAGGAAAGUUGCCCUUUUGUGCUUUUCAUUUCAAAAGAUGGCAAAAACCUUGGAUUAGCAGUAAAGACACUAAUACCUGAGCAUAGGUGCUUUAGGGAUUUCUUACUCCCUAGUGCUACUGCUAGGUUUUUAGCCAAUUAUUUCAAGGAUAGGAUUUACAAAAACCCUUCAAUUAAGAUAAAACAAAUGAAAGAUGAUGCAGAGAGCUUGUUAAAAAUUAAUGUUAGUCUGGCUAAGUGUAAAAGGGCUAAGAGGAUGAUAAUCCAAGAAAUGGAUAGGAGUUUCAAAGUGGAGUUUGGUUAUUUGGAAGCAUAUGCAGCUGUACUUAAAAGAAGCAAUCCCGGUACAAAAGCAGAGAUUGAAUUAUGUAAGGAAGCAUUAAAAGAAGGAAGAAGGGUGUUUAAGAGGAUGUUCUUGUGUUUUGAUGCUCUUAAGAGGAACUGGAAGGCUGGAUGCAGACCUAUCAUAGGUCUGGAUGGAUGUUUCUUAAAAGGGGUUACUAAGGGCCAGAUUCUUACUGCAGUAGGCAAAGAUGGUGAUGAUCAGAUGGUGCCUAUCGCAUGGGCAGUGAUAGACAAAGAGAAUAAGAAUAUGGUUUUUGCAUUGGCUAAAGCAAGAACUUGA